AUGUCCAAAGUUAUUCCCAGAGCUCGAAUCACCAAACCCUCUUCAACAACUGCCUCUCAAAGCUCCCCAACAUCACAAAACACCACACCAGCUGUCUCUUCUCCUCCCAUUGCCAAAGAAGAAACAACCACCAUCACCGGAGUGAAUUCAUCAUCUUCACAACCAUCGAACGUGGUGACACCAUCAUCAUCAACCAACACAUCAACAACACCUGAAAAACGAGGAAAUCCAAGUACAACAUCACGUAUCAAAACUAGUACCAAUCCUCCUUCUCAGCUACAACAACAAAAAGAACCAGUUCACUCUAAAACUUCAUCAUUGGAUGAUGAUUUACAAUUUCUGUAUUCAUCCGCUGGUUUUUCUCUUUCCAAAGAACAACAAGCAAAAUUCAAUCGAUAUUCAAAAAGAAUGGUUUUAAAAAGAAAAUUAGAACAAUUUCGAUUGAUUGCAUUUGUAAAACAAAUAUUUAACAAUUAUGUGAAUCCGAUCACACUUUGUAUUAUUUAUCAUCGACAGAAUUUUGGUGAAUAUGUUAUGGCUUUGUUUGAUGACAGAGACAAGUUAACAGAUUUAUAUCCGUUGACAAAUGACAAGGCCUCAGUAACUAUUUGCCCCAAUCCCAUCACAUUUACAGAUCUAUGCUUGCAAAUUAAUUGCAACAAUGAUGAAGAAGAGUCAAAAACAUUUUAUUUCCAAUGUGAGAGUGAAAUGCAAUUGUUGUCCAUCAUGUCAGCUUUUCAAAAAGCUUUACUUUACAAUGGACAAGAUGCAAAAUAUAACAAACCAUCGUUCCACUCACUUGUAUCAACAUAUUCACAAAAGAAGCCAAAAAACGGACAACAAAAAACACCCAUUCCUUUUUCAUGGUGUGACCAAUAUUUAGCAAGAUACUCCAGCAAUGAAGAUUUAGAUUUGAAAAAGACUAAAAAUCCUUUACUUAACAAAUUACUUGGAGAUGAUUCAUCAAAUGAUUCGACUUGUCUUUCAUCUUCACCAUAUGGAUCUUUGAAAUAUGUGAGUUCAAGUCGUGGAAGAUUUGACGAGCAAGACAAUCAUGGUGGAUUAGCAAGUCGUCACAAGACCUCUUACAUGUCUGAUCAUGAUGACGAUGACGAAAAUAAUGAAGAACAAAUUGAUUCUCAACAUGUUGACACGUAUUUCCAAAAGACAAUUUUACCCAAAACGACCACCACCCACAUUGUGGAAACAAGAACUUCUCCUCAGAGAAAUCAUGAAGUGACAAGUGUUGCUCAUCAUGAUGAACCUCCACCACGUCACCACCAAUAA